AGAUGAGACACAGUGACGUCUGAAUGACGUCAUAGUGACGUCGAAGGAAGAGAAAUUCUGAUUCUGACAACAGGUCAAUCAUGGCGGAUCAACAAGGGCCCAGCAAAAACGAUAUUCAAGCAAUUCUAAAACGCUUGCGGUCUCAAGGGCCUAAUAAGAUCUGCUUUGACUGUAGUGCCAAAAACCCAACAUGGGCCACUGUUACAUACGGCGUCUUUAUCUGCAUCGACUGUUCUGCAGUUCACCGCAGUCUAGGAGUUCACCUAACUUUUGUGCGUUCAACUCAAUUGGACACAAAUUGGACAUGGAUUCAACUUAGGCAAAUGCAGCUUGGUGGAAAUGCCAAUGCUCACUCCUUUUUCCAACAACAUAAUUGUACAACAAAUGACUCUAACCAGAAGUAUAACUCUCGUGCUGCUCAACUUUAUCGAGAUAAAUUACAAAGUGCUGCAAUUCAGGCUAUGAAGAUACAUGGAACAAAGCUCAUGAUAGAUUCUGCUCAUGAAUCUCCAGCAGAGGAACCAAAGAAAGAAGUUGACUUCUUUGAGGAACAUGAGAAGUUUCAGCUUUCUGAUAAUAAUACUAUUGUGGCUCCAGCUGUUGCUCCAAUCAGCACUCCAGCAUUUCAAGCACCACCCUCGAGUGCAGCAUCACUUUCAGGAGGUGCACCAAGUGUUGCAGGUAUUCUUUCCCCUUCUAGCUUAGCGGAACCAGAUUCUGAAAGGAAACACAUUAUCGGAAAUAGGAAACCUGUAGCAAAAAAGAGUGGUCUCGGUGCCAAGAAAGGAUUAGGUGCUCAGCGUGUGAAGACAAAUUUUUCAGAGAUUGAGCAGAAGGCUGCCUUAGCUGAUCAGAUGAAAGAAACAGCAGCUCAUGAAGCAAAACUUCAGGCUGAACGCACUGCAGAGGAAGAGGAAAAGCAGAUUGCCUCCAUGAGACUGGCUUAUCAGGAUCUUAGUGUAGCUCAAAAGAAAGAAGAGGAUAAGUUGCGCACAGUUGACCCGAAAAAGGCCACUCAAAUGGAAAGAUUAGGAAUGGGCUUUGCCACUAGAAGUGGCAUAAGUCAUAAUGCUACGAAUGAUAUGCAAAUGAUUGAGCAGGAUGCCCCUGUGAAAUCAUCAUCAUCAUCUUCGUCUUAUGGAAGCCUCCGUAAAUCCUUGUAUGAGCGUGAUGAUGAUGAUGACUUCCCAUUUACAGGCUUUGGCUCAUAUAAGAAUGAAGGCAAGUCGAUGGAUGUACUUGUAACAUUAAUUAGAGAAGUGGAGAGGGAUCAUGAUUGGGAUACUGAUAAUGAUAGAGAAAGAGAUCGUGAACGUGAAAGGGAGAGGGACCGUGAGCGCGAGCGCGAACGUGAGCGUGAGCGAGAGCGUGAGCGGGAUCGAGAUCUUGAGCGUGAAAGGCAGAGAGAGAGAGAGGCCGAAAGAGACAGGUACAAGAGUGGCUCUAGUGGAAGCUGGGACCGAUCAGGUAAUGGAGGAGCUUCGCGGUCCCAUGACUCUACACCUAGUAGCAACGAAGCUCAGAAAAAGUUUGGAGGUGCUAAAGCCAUCUCUUCGGACCAGUAUUUUGCUGAUUCAGAUGCAAAUUCUUGGGAGCGCAAGGCAAACCUCUCUAGAUUUGAAGGUUCAACUAGUAUAUCGUCUGCUGAUUAUUUUGGUAAUGGAUCAUCAUCCAAUAUGGGAUCACAUGGGGGAUAUGGCAAUCAAAUGACUGCUCCUGAUUUGGAGGAUAUGAAAGAAAGUGUACGGCAGGGUGUUACCAAAGUAGCAGGAAAGUUGAGCUCUCUUGCAAAUGGAGUAAUGUCUUCUCUACAGGAUCGUUAUGGUGGUUACUAAUCUAAUGCCACCUUAGAUGGAUGCCUUGGCUUAGAAUUCCCACCACAAUUUUAUUUUACAUGAUGCUUAUAGUAAUGUGUUAUGUGAUAGUAAUGAUUGAAGAAGCUGUGGAGCUUUAUUUCAAUUAAAACUUUUGAAUUUGUGGGUCUUUGAUAAGAUUUGUGCCUCAUGAGUUCUGUCUUUAAAAUGAGUUUAGGAGUCAAGUUUGACCUGUGUUGUCAUACCUGCAAAUGUCUCGGUUAGCUCAGAGGGGUGUUUCUUUGUUGUGGGUACACUUAUGACACUAAUAACACCAUUCCAAUCCAUCCUAGAUAGUCAAGAAUCUAUUGCUAAUGUAAAAUUUCCAGAGAUAUUGAAGAGAUGUAUUCCACGCACUUUUACUUUUUUUUCUUUCUGUGUACAUAUUUUCUAUGUGUUGUUUGUGAGUCUUGACAUGUUGAUAUUGAAAUUAUGUAUGUGACAAGGAAUCACCCAUGGCACUUGUUGAAACAAUUUUUACUACAAUUUAUAGUGGAUGUAGGGUAGUUUUUAUUAAUUUUUGUUACACCUUAUAAAUUUAGAACUAUAAAAUAUUUUAAAAUAUAGUUUUUUCCCCUAUGAUUGAACUAGUGUAUCUUUCAGACUACUCAGCUCACAACAGAGAAUGUCUCUUUUGGAAGACUUCAUUAGCAUUCAAGAAUAAAAUCAUAUUUUUUCCAUGAAUUUUUUUCCAAUCUUGUAUUUCAUCUGUGAUGUGAUGAAUCCAAUAGCUUACUAAUAUUGUACCAUGAUGUUAUGGCUUUGUUUGGCAUGUGACAUGUAAGCUUCAGAGCAGUACUAAGUACUGCUCUGAAGAUGCAAGCUAGGUUUCUGCAUACAGCAGGUGUAUCUCUCUGUGCCAUGUCUAUGAAGUACUGAUUCUAUAUAUCAUUACUAUUUUUUCUCUUUAUCUUUCCAUUGGUUCAAUUGGCAAGAAUUUUUCAGAAAGAUCUAAAAAGUUACAAUUUUUUGUAGAUUACUUUUGCUGACUAGAUGCGAAACUCACCUAAACAAUAGUAAAAUGUGGUGUUUGUAAAGGAGUGGGCAAUGUUUGUGUAAGAAUAUUAAACUAAAUUAUGCAAAAACAAUGUUCAUAGGGCUUCCACUGAAGACUUAAACCUUUUGUUAUUUUUUAAACAAACUUCUACAUGUAGGUGUUGGCAUGAACACUUUAGUGUGAACAGAGGGCAGUUGGAGGUUAGCAUAGUUAACUAGUUUGAAUAUCUACCCUUGAAAUUCUCAUGCACUACAACCAAAGUGAAUGGAAGGGAAACUAGGUAAAGGUUUUGCAUAUUUCUAUGCAUCAAAUUUCAACUGGUUCUGUUACUGAGAGGUAAUUGAGUGGUUUGCAGUGUGCAUCAAGGAAUGACCUGUUAUCAAUGUUAACUGUCAAGUAUGCUCACUUAUUUAUAAAAGAAAAUGACCAUUUGGUUUAGUUUUAAGAAGAAAGGGGUAAACUCUUAUGCUGCCAUCUCCUACCAAACCUACUAUUAGAAACUUGUAAUGAUUAAUCUCAUUUUGAAAAAUGUCUCUUUUGUUUUGAUUUUCCUUAGAAUUCUCAAUUGAAUUCAAAGUAGGUUUUACAAAUUUCAAUGCUUUUUUCACAUUGCCUCGUUAAACAUAGGUUGUGUGUUACUCUGUUGGCAUGUCUUAAUGACUUGGUAUGCCACAGAGCAUUGACCUUAUUCAGCACUGUAAUGCUAUUAUUAAUGUAUGCCUGUCACAGUUCAUUCUGUAACAAUUAAGGCUGGUUACCUUUUUAAGAUAUUGGGCAAAGUUGCAUAUGUUCAUGGGGGGAUCCAAAUAAAGAUGCCUUUCAUGAAA